AGUGUAAUUUCUCAGCAGGCUGUCGGUUGUUUACACGAUGGGAUCCCGAGUGGCAGAGCUGUUUUCCGAAGUUGACAAGCUCCGAGCCGAACUGUUGGACAACGUCGAAUUGACGAGAGACUGUCGACGUGUUGAAGAAGAAAUAAAGCACAGGGACAUUUUGACACGCAUUGAAAAUGUAGUUCUUGGAAUAGUGACAAGUCUGUCCAAAGAUGAGGCCCCUGUCCUGGCUCUGCCAAACAGAUCCAGCUGGGCCAAUGUCAGUUUCGACAGUGCCGUCGGGCUUCAGAUGUGUUCAGAAAGCUCCGUCACCACCAUUAGGAGCGACUGUGCUUCGUCUGUCACUAAAUUUGCACAAAUUCUGAAGAUUCUGAUGGUCAUCUACAAACUUGUGCAGAGCAACUCCUAUUCUACAAAAAGAGACAUCUAUUACAACGACACACAGCUGUUUGGUUCACAGAAGACUGUAGACAGUAUAGUGGAUGAUAUUUCCUGCACGCUAAAGGUCCCUCGCAGAGCUCUACAUGUGUUGGCGACGUCCAAAGGAUUGAUCUCAGGCGAUCUGUGUUAUUUGGAGGAGGAUGGUACAAGGAUCGACUGCCGCUCUAGCUCCGCCGCUGUUGCUGUUUCGUCUAAUAUUGGUGGAAUAAGAAAUAUUGUGUCAUCUGCAAAGUUUGUCUUGAUCGUGGAAAAGGACGCCACGUUUCAGAGACUACUGGACAAUGACUUCUGCACAAAGCUCUCCCCCUGCAUCAUCAUCACAGGUAAAGGUGUGCCAGAUGUGAACAGCAGGUUGAUGGUGAGAAAGCUGUGGGACACGCUGCUCGUCCCCAUCUUCGCUCUGGUGGAUGCUGACCCUCAUGGGAUUGAGAUCAUGUGCAUCUACAAGUACGGAUCAGUGUCCUUGUCGUUUGAGGCCCACAGCCUGACCGUCCCCAGUGUUAUGUGGCUAGGCCUCCUCCCCUCUGACCUACAGAGGCUGCGGGUUCCAGAGGAUGCUCUGAUCCCCCUCACAAAGAGAGAUGAAAACAAACUCAGCAGCCUCCUCAGAAGGCCGUACUUAACCAGCCAACCAGCCUGGCAGAAAGAGAUGGAAAUGAUGCAGCAGAGUAAGGUCAAGGCUGAAAUACAGUCCCUGGCCUCUAUUGUGCCCGAUUUCCUCACCAGCAUCUACCUGCCAAAUAAGCUGCGCUACGGCGGCUGGGUAUGAGCACAAUGCUGCCACGUAGUGGAAUAUUAGCAGAACUACUAUGGCUGGUUGCAAAACUGAAGAAAGCUGUGUAUGCAAUUGUCCUGUCUGACCUUGUCUGACUGAUUGAAAUGUGAAAUUGGUUUGGUUUUCAAUGUUUUCAUAUUUGUGAGUGUUUGUGUGUUGUGGUUGCUAAUUGGGUUUCAAACAUGCCUCAACUUAUAAUUAAAACAAUUCUUUUCCAGUGAUCAGCCAGAACACUUUAAAAAAAAAUGUAUCAAAGAUGUUUGGACCUGCGGUUGCAAAGUGUUGGAACACACUAUCAGUUUCAUUUAUGGAUUUAAUUAUUUUAAUAUUGUUUCAGCAAUGUCUGGCAUGAUUUACAACAACUGAAUGCAUUUGAUUAAGCUCUUUUACAUAUUCAAAGCCAGCAGAUGUGGAUGAUGAUUAAAAGGUUUAGGCUUG